GUUGUUGUGGAGAUUAACAGAACAUACAACCUGCUCAGUGUCUGCCUGGCAUGGACACAUGCUGGUUAAAUGGAAGUUGUCCAUGGUGAUGCAUUUAAAAGAAGAAUCUCUAGCCCCAUAGUGUUAGAUCCCGGGUUGUGGGGAGCAGGUGUGGCGGCAAUCCCAAGAUGGCGCCCGGGACUGCUGCCAAGUCUUAUGACUAGCACCUGAGUUCCUCAUACAUCCAAAAGUAAGCCACGCCCAUCUUGUGAGCUGCGCAGGCGCACCAUGACACAAGAUCAGGCCAUUUGGCGUGGACCUAUGAACUGAGACUAUGUAGACUGCACUGAUGGGGCGUGGUUACUGGUUUUUUAGUAGGGAGUGUCCUUGGGGGUAGGAGAUUGCUGCUUGCAUGCAGAAAGAAAGGUUCCUGAAUAAACUGCUUUGAGAAGAACUUCGUGGUGUCUCUCCUAUCUGCAGGACGGAGACGGAGACGACACCGGUGCCAUACAGACAGAAUCUCAAACUGUAGCUGAGAUUGGCUUGGCUUGGAACACGUGUGUAGUUCAUGCUGGCAUCAGACUUAUGGCAAUUCUCCGGCUUCAGCCUCCUACUCAGGAGCCUACCAGGAAGCUCAGCUUCUGAUAGAAGGCCUGUCAGCAGUGCUCCUUUGGCGACAUUGGCGCAGAGAUGAGACACCAACAAGCAGCAUGAGGUUCCCUUCAUUGGUUCCCUUGUGUUCUUCUACCUACAGACGCUGGGAGAGAAACAUCAUCCCCUGGAACUGCCCUAAGCGAGAAGCAGGCCAAGAAGGAAAAGGAGAGGCUGAUUAAAGAGCUGCAGCUCAUUACCGAGGAGAGAAAUGACCUGAGAGAUCGCCUGAGGUUUCUGACAGAGAGAUCCAUGAAGAACAGGCCACACUUCAGGCCAAAUCCAUAUUAUGAAGACCUGGAGAGAAUGGAGGAGGCGGUCAUGUCAAUUCUGCACAACUUAGAGAUGGAGAACACUGAGUUCCAUGAGAACAACCAUAAGCUGAAGAAGGAGAUUACCUUCUCUAGAAACCUGCUCAGCCAGCUCCUGAUGGACAACACAUGUAGGAAGAAGUUGUUCCCACUGAAGCAGGAGAGCAAGGAGGUACAUCUUGACUGUGCACUGAACCAGAAAUAUUUGGUUGACUUCAACAAGAAAGAUAAAGACCAACAACGUCCAGACCCAGCAUCAUCUGGUCUCAGAAAGUGCAAGAGAGCUGGAAUUGGACACACAGCAGUAAGAGAGCUUCCUGAAGAAUAAGUUGCUUUCUCAGGAGUCCCUGAUGACAAACAUCCUGAAUGAAAACAGCACUUGAGAGACAACUUGGGGGACCUCCUUUCAUUAUGUGUGCAAGAGGAGAAACAGCAAUACAUCUGUGCUUCUAAAUGUUCGUUAAGAAUGUGCCGUUUAGAAAUAUUUUUGUUAUGAUUUUAAUUGAAAUUUUCUUUUUGUUGUUUCAUAUUUAUAUGUUCUUGUUACUGUUUUUAUCUUUUCAAAUAUUUUUAAAUAUUUUAAUUUAUUUGUUUUAAUCCUGUUUUGUUGUAAAAAUGAAUUCCUUAUGAAUAAAAAUUGAAUUCUA